CCUCUACUAUCGCGAGAUUAUGACGAGACCGUCUAACUGCGUUUUAUUUGCGCGUGCGCAGACCGGCUGCUCUGACCUUCAUUGACGUGAAUAUGUUCGCCAGGACCAGCGCCUCGGUGUUCCUCCCACAAUGUGGGCAGGUCAGGAACAUGGCUACCUUGAAGGACAUCACCCUUCGUUUGAAGUCCAUCAAGAACAUCCAGAAGAUCACCAAAUCCAUGAAGAUGGUGGCAGCAGCGAAGUAUGCCAGAGCUGAGAGAUCCCUGAAGCCCGCCCGGGUCUAUGGCACCGGUGCUAUGGCACUCUAUGAGAAGACUGAGCUCAAGGCUCCAGAAGACAAGAACAAGCACUUGAUCAUCGGUGUGUCGUCUGACCGUGGUCUCUGCGGUGCCAUCCACAGCAGCGUGGCCAAAGCCAUGAAGAGCGAGAUCGCCAAGCUCUCAGGUGCCGGGAAAGAGGUCAUGGUUGUCAACGUGGGGGACAAACUCAGAGGCCUGCUGUACAGGACCCAUGGCAAACACAUCCUGAUCAACUGUAAGGAGGUGGGCCGCAAGCCUCCCACUUUCAAUGAUGCUUCCCUUAUUGCCACAGAGUUACUGGACUCUGGCUACGAGUUCGACCAGGGAACGAUUGUAUACAACAGAUUUAGGUCUGUGAUUUCAUAUAAGACGGAUGAGAAACCUCUGUUUUCCACUGACACUGUUGCAAGCUCAGAAAACAUGAGCAUCUAUGAUGACAUCGAUGCUGAUGUGCUGAGGAACUAUCAGGAGUUUGCUCUGGUCAACAUCAUCUUCAUGGGGCUGAAGGAGUCCACCACCAGUGAGCAGAGCGCCAGGAUGACCGCUAUGGACAACGCCAGCAAGAACGCUUCUGAUAUUAUUGACAAGCUGACCCUGACCUUCAACCGAACCCGCCAGGCCGUCAUCACUAAGGAGCUCAUUGAGAUCAUUUCUGGAGCCGCUGCUCUAGACUGAAGCGUGACUGAGGUAACAUCCUGCAGCUGACUGUAGAAUAUAUUGUGUGCUUGUAGAGAAUAGCAUUGAAAAUGCUUUUUUUGUGUUCUUGCUGUCUUUAUAAUGUGUUUUGUUGCAUGUGGUGAGAAGUUAAUUUCCAUAGGCCAAUGGUAAAAGCUGAAUGAGUUUUCAAGAGCGUAUUUUUUUGGUAGAGUGUGACACACUGACUUUUAGGCCUGAAACAUACUCUAUAUGCGUAUAUGCUUCAGUCAUAUAGAAUGUUUCUGGCCUUGAACUUGACUACUAUAUGUUCACACCAACACAAGCGUUUGUCGCAACUAGGGCUGCACGAUUAUGACAUCAUAACUGCUGAUUAUUCACUUGAAAUUGUGAUUGCAAUUAUUAAUUACGAUUAUCACGGUUACAUUGAAUGAUGUUUAUACCAUUGUUUGAUGCAACUGCAUGCCUUAUAUGAAAAUAAAAACGCUGAAAACAA